AUGUACCCCAACAGCCAUAAUGCUAUGGCGCCUCCACAGUCGCGGUCUGUCCAGCCCGAAACCUUUUUGUUAGAUCAUGACGCGCAGCAAAGCCUGCCACCAGACGCAGUCGUCGCUCUUCAACAAGUUGAUAAUCUCAAGUACUUUCUUAUUUCAGCGCCCGUGGACUGGACCCCGGAUCAAUAUAUUCGAAGAUUCCUACUACCCACCGGAGAAUACGUCUCUUGCGUUCUAUGGAACAACUUAUUUCACAUCUCUGGAACCGACAUCGUGCGAUGCCUCUCCUUUCGUUUCCAGGCAUUCGGCAGGCCUGUGAAGAAUUCCAAGAAAUUCGAGGAGGGUAUCUUCUCGGACCUGCGGAACCUGAAAUCAGGAACAGAUGCAUCACUGGAGGAGCCCAAGAGCGCUUUUCUGGACUUCCUGUACAAGAACAAUUGCAUAAGGACGCAGAAAAAGCAGAAGGUGUUCUACUGGUACAGCGUACCGCAUGACCGGCUGUUUCUGGACGCGCUGGAGCGGGAUCUUAAGCGGGAGAAGAUGGGCCAGGAAGCUACUACCGUAGCCGUCAACGAGCCCGCGCUGUCAUUCGAAUUCGACUCCUCGCAGUCUCUGUUCGAGCAGCUUACAAAGGCGCAACAGACCAGCUCGUCUUCAUUCAACAACAACAACAACAACAACAACAACAACAACGUGCAGCCGUCCUAUUCGCGAUCCACCUCUCCAGUAACGCGAGCUGCCGACUCCAUGCCCCCUCCUUCCAUAAUACCGCAAGCGAUGCAGCCGACACUACCGGAAGAAAACUUCCACUCCAUGGCGACCUAUACCCAAAUGGCGCUUCCGCCUACCAGCAUGCCACCCGCCGCUGCCAAGGUGUAUGAGAGGGAGUAUACCCCCGUCCAUUUCGAUCGGAACGGCAUACCGUUAUCCCAAGUUCACCAACGCCACAGCUCCAUGCCCGCUUACAUGGAGUAUUCGCCAGCGCCAUCGUUCGUAUCAUCGCACUAUGAAGACUACAGCACCCGGGGCCUGUCCUUCGAGCCGAUGACGCCGCCUCAACACAACAUCCAUUUAGGCACUGAACCGGCAUACAUUGCGAAUGAGGAUACAGGUCUCUACACAGCCAUACCCGAUCUUGGAAUGUCUGCGACGUACAACCCUUUGAUGCAAAUACCACCCUCGAACUUGAUGAGCGGCCAGUACUCGAGUGCCUCCCGCGCCUACCCACCAUCAAACAUGUACUCUGUUAUCGAGGGCUCGCCAACGUAUAAGCAGCGGCGACGACGCUCGUCACUGUCAGUCGGUGUCAGCGCGGCUGUCGCGGCUACAGGCAACGCAACGAUGCACGCUGCUCACCGGCCAAGUGACCUCCGAAGAUCGGUAUCCGCCUCCGUUGUUCCUGUGGCUGAAGCGGAAAGGUCACACCAUGACUCUCCACAGAGCGUAAGCAACGGCUACUCUAUGGCCUCACAGCCGAGGGAGGCUUUGCAGCUGUCGAGACGCGGCACUCCUCUGGCCACCGUUGAAGACAGUCCAGUCCAGCAGCCUCUUUCCCUAGUACAUCAAGACGAUUUCGGCAGCCUGGCAAACGGCGACUACAAUCUCCCGGAACCGUCGCUUCACCACAACGCCAUGGCCCGUUCGGCGCCUGGCGUGUUUCGACGUGCUCGCAGCGCCACAAUGAUGGAGCUUGGCCCGUACCCACAGAAGUCCCACUCCUGCCCGAUCCCGAUGUGCGGCCGGCUGUUCAAGAGGCUAGAACACCUCAAGAGACACGUGCGCACGCAUACUCAGGAGCGACCGUACGAGUGCCACCUUUGCAAGAAGGCAUUUUCGCGCUCUGACAACCUCGCGCAACAUCGCCGUACUCACGAGGCUAGCCAAAAUGGCGAGAUCAUUGAGGACGUCAGUGAGCAUGAACUCGACAUCGGAGAAGACGCACUCGGUUCUCUGGAAGAAGAAUCUCCGGAAGCCGAAUCGUCGUACAGCCUGUCUAACCUAGCCAUGCCACCCUCGUUGCCUGACUACACCGGCUCGCUCGGAGGCAUGGGCGCCACCCAUAUGGGCCCGCCACCGCAGAUGAUUUCUGCGAAUAACUACUGA